AUGUCUACUGGCUCGGACAAAGACCAUUUAAUCCGUCUACUCGAGGCGCACGGUCAGCAAUUUCUAGGUUCAUUCAAAACGUCAUCCGUUGUAAAAGGCAAGAGAAAGGCCUCGGAGACGGAGACAGUACGUCAGAAAAAGCAAAAGGUUGAGGACGAAUCGGAGGACGAGUGGUCCGGCUUCGGCAACACCGCUGAGGACGGCGAGGUGGAGUCAGAGGAACCUAAUGAUGCGGACUUCGACGACGAUUUCUCGUCAAACCAGGUCUCCGCGACGCAGCCUAAUGUCGUUGUGUUUUCGGAGAUGGCGAGCCAACCUGGUCCUUCCACCCAGAAAAUGAGCAAGGCGCAGAUGAAGGCAUUCAUGUCAUCUAAAGUGACGAAGCUUACGCAGGAGGUGACAGAUAGUCCGUCGGAUGAAGAGAAUGAUGAUGAGGCAAAGGAACUGUCCAACGCACAGAAUGAUGCCCUACUACAUCGCCUAGUGCAUACACGCAUCCUGUCUGGAUCGCUUGAUCCAGACCUCAACCUCACCUCAGCACAGCGCAAGAAGGCGCUCGCUGGUCGUGUACUAGAGGCGACUGGGAAAGUCAAACUUGGCAAGGGAGAAGGUUCAGUCCGCGCUGCAGAGCGGAAUAAGGCCGCGAAGCGUGUGCGGGAAGGCAUGAUAGUCAAGCAAAAAGAAAGACAGCAAAAGGAACUCGAGGAGGCCAAACAAUUAGGGAACUAUCACCCGACACUCAAGAAGCUGUACGACACAUCGUCGCAGGCUUCCAACCAUAAGCCAAAGAGAGAACGGGGGCUCAAGAUGGGCGUUGGCUCUUUCAGAGGCGGAGUGCUCAAGCUCAGUCAAGCGGAGAUUAGCACAGUGGAAGGCAGUACUAGCCGAGGGCGAGGGAAGCCCAGGGGUAGAGGCAGGGGCGGGAGUAGAGGUAGGGGAAGGGGAAGGGGAGGCAAGCGAUGA